AUGCCUGCACAACAGGUCGAGUCCGGCGGCGGUUAUGCGGGCGCCGCUUCGGAACGCACGCCGCUCUUAGGAUCCGGAUCCGCCUAUGGAUCUUCCGAGGCUCGCGGGAAUGGGAAAGGUACUACUGGGAACGGAAACGGGUUGACGGGGGCGGCGGCGGCGGCGGCGGCCAUUCUCGAGCGUCAUCGGCGCAGCGAGAGCGAGGCUGAGAACCAGAGGCUGCUGGCGGGCGACGACGGCGACGAGAGUAAUGGCGAGGAGGAGACGACGGUGCUGGCCGAGGAAGUGUCCUUCUCCAAGCUGUGCCUCAUCUUUUCCACGGUCUACUUCGGGGUCUUCUUGGGCGCAAUUGACUCUUCUAUUAUCGCCACGCUGUCGGCGCCCAUCUCGAGCGAGUUUCAGUCCCUCAGCCUGCUCUCCUGGCUCGCCACCGCCUACCUCAUCUCGAAUGCGGCUUGUCAGCCAAUCUCCGGCCGCAUGACCGACAUCUUCGGGCGCGGGCCCGGCCUCGUCUUCAGCAACGUCUUCUUCGCCGCCGGCAACCUCAUCUGCGGCCUGGCCCAGAGCUCCAGCGUCAUGAUCCUCGGCCGCGUCGUCGCGGGCAUCGGCGGCGGCGGCCUGAUGAGCAUCUCGACCUUUCUGGGCUCCGACUUGAUCCCCCUGCGCAGCCGAGGCGUGGUCCAGGGCCUCGGCAACAUCUGCUAUGGCUCAGGUGCCAUGCUGGGCGGGGUUUUUGGAGGAUUCGUGAACGACCACACGAAGCUGGGCUGGAGGCUCGCCUUUCUUGUCCAGGUCCCUCCGGCCAUCGUCUCUGCCGUCGCCGUGGCCAUUCUCGUCAGGGUGCCGCCGAAGCAGUCAGACAAGACCUAUCUUGCACGCAUCGACUUUGGCGGCGUCUUCCUUACGGUGUCCUUCCUGGUCCUCCUACUCGUGGGAGUCAAUUCCGGAGGAAACAUUGUCCCUUGGACCCAUCCCCUGCCUCUCGCCACGAUCCCGCUCUCCCUUGUUGCGUUUGCCGGCUUCCUCUGGUGGGAGAGCAGAGCGACGCAGCCCAUCAUUCCAGUCCGGCUCCUUCUGGACCGCACUCUGCUGUCCGCCUGCAUGUGCAACUUUCUGUCGACCAUGGUCGUCAUGGCGGGCAUCUUCUACGUCCCGCUGUAUCUUCAGGUGCGCGGGGACUCGCCAACAGUUUCGGGGCUCAAGCUUUUGCCUUCUCCCCUCGGUGUCUCCAUCUGCUCUGUCGGGGCUGGGUAUAUUAUGAAGAAGACUGGCCGAUACGUCGGGCUAGGCAUCGGCAGCUUGCUGGUACUCAUUUCUGGAAUCGUCAUCUUCACUACGCAAACUGAGAGCACCCCCGCAUGGGUGACCAUGUUGGCCUUUUUCCUGGUGGGUGGAGGUUACGGUGCCAUGUUGACGACGACGCUGUUGGCAUGUAUUGCAGCAGUCGACCACUCCCAGCAGGCCGUCAUCACCUCAGCGACCUACCUUGCUCGUAGCCUGGGUGGCACGAUUGGCGUAACAGUCAGCUCAGCCGUGUACCAGAACCUGCUCAACGACCGCUUGUGGAAGCGCUUCGGCGACGAGCCACAUGCAGCCGAGAUCAUCCAAAAGAUCCGCGACGACCUCAACUUUCUGAAGCACCUGCCGUCGGGAUGGCAUGACGGGGUGCUGAGCUCGUUCAUGGAGGCCUUUAGGGGCGUUUGGUUUACCUUGCUCGCGCUGGCAGUUGGGGCUCUCAUCUGUGUCUCGCUGAUGAGGCAGCACACGCUCCAUGAAACUCUUGAUAGACGAUCAAGAUGA